AUGUCCGACAACCCCAACAGCCCCACCUCGCCUGGCGGGCGCCAGAUCCCGCGCUCGCGCUGGCUCCUCAGCUUUCCACUUCAAGGCCCGCACUCGUUCAUCGCGAGCGAGGUGUACGCCCAGCUCGCACCCCACCGCCCCAUGGCCACCAUCUGCGAGUUUCACACCGCGCAUGGGGGCUACAUUGUCAUGGUCGGCGUCAACAAGCAUCUCACGCGUCGCGACCCCGAGGAUGUGCGUAACGAGAUCAUGGUCUCUAUUAUGGACCGUGCGAGCCACAUCGAGUUUUACAUGCUCUACGAUGGCUUCGUCGUGUACGAUGCGUCUGGCAAUGCACAGUACCGCCGUGCCCACUUCCAGGCAUUCAACAACUACCGCCGUGCGACUUUCACCCCCCUCAUCGUCGUCAGCGCCCAGUUUGGAGUCUCGCCCCCGGCGGACCCAAGCAACGUCCCUAUCGGAGCACACAACGCCCAGCAGCCCAACAUUGUGCAUCUGACCUCAUACCUUGCCCCGCAGGUCACUGUCGCCCCGCAGCUCGCCCCGCAGGUUACUCUCGCCCCCGUCGACGAGGAGGAGGACGACGGGGACUCGGAGACGUCCGGCGAGAGUACUCUGUGCUCGUGGAGCACGACGUCGCUCGACAGCAUCAAGGAGCCCGCGCUGCCCGCGCCUACCCUGGCCGGCCACCAGUUCAACAACGACAGCAACGUGAAGCAGGACAAGUCUCACUGGCCCGACGCGUACCGCAAUGACAACGACGGUCCCUCCAACCCCGGUCCGGCCGCUUCGCUCGACCACCCCCACGCGAGCAGCCUCCCUGCUGGUGGCGCGUCGUCGAGCCCCAACACCUCUGUCAACGCUGACGAGGAGGACGAGGACGAGUGGGGUGGCCUUUACGACUAA